AUGGCCACACCGCGCUACCUCACGGCGCAAAAGAUCAGCCUUCUUGUCUUGACCCGUCUCUACUGCACUUCAAGUCUUCCCUAUUCCGCUACGAUACCCGUACUUUCCUUCAUCUUGUCAAACAAUCUUCCUUCGGCACCGUCCAGCGCUCGGCCACAGCGCUCCAACAUCUCCAGUCAACAAGACACGUGUUUCUCAAUCGAUGCCUUUGAAGAUGUACUUCAAGAACACCCCUCCAACAUGCCGGGCCGAACUCUUCUCGAUCUCUUCCUCAAACACAUGUGGGAAAUGAACUCUUUCGAUGCGCUGCACGCUCUCUUCGACAGUAUCCUAGAUUUGGUUACACCUCCGCCACACGCUCAAUGGACAAAGAGAUUGGCUGGCUUGGCAUCAAGUGGUGUAGACAUGGUUGUAUCCGAGAUGGGUCUGAGAGCUGGCGACGACAUGUACGAGAUCGCGUACGGGAAUCUACAAGAAGAUCAAGAGGAAGGAGCGGGCAUGAGUUUGAACGAUCUGGAUCGAAUCCUGGACUUCCAACUCGAUAGGCUUCAGAGGCUCGGAGACCGUGUUCCUGGCGAUAUGAAGAGUCAACUUCGCAAUAUGGUCAAGUCGUCCGGCAUUGUACAUCGGCAAGCGCAUCUCGUACAAUUCUUCGAUGCCUGGAAAGCCGGAGACUACACAUCUGCUUUUGACAAUCUACAUCGCUACUACGAUUACGCUAUGCAGACUCGCGAGAAGAUCCAUUACCAGUAUGCUUUACUGCAUAUGGCUAUCCUUCAGGCCGACUUCGGCUGCUUUGGCGAAGCGAUAGCUGCUAUCAACGAGACAAUUGCCACAGCCCGGGAGAACCAGGACAUGACUUGUCUGAGCUUCAGUCUCAGCUGGCUAAAUCAUAUGGCGAAAGCCUACCCCAAGCAGAUGAGGGGUGCCGGUUACAUGAGCAUGCUCGGAACUGAGAGGGAUGCGUUGGCCUUUUUGAAAGCGAAAGCCAAGGAGACCAAGAUGUACAGCCUGCUCUGCGCAAGUUUACUCAACGAGGCAAAGCUUUCUCUAGCGACGGGCGACUCUAUUCCCCGGGCAUUAGAACAUAUUUAUCAGUCUUCACAUCUCAACAUCAAAGAAAACGUCAACAGUUACGGUAGUCAAAUGCUUCUCACAGGGACAUUCUAUCAGCGACUUGGCAUCCCACAUCUAGCCAACAUUCAUUACGAGCUUCUCCUCGAUUGCUAUUCACAUUCCUGUCCGAUUGAAGAACGUCUCCGUGCGAUCGCUCGCAGAGCUUUCGUUACAAGCCAGAGCGGCCGCUACGGCGAGGCUAUCAUGAUGCUAGAAGCUGUGGAUUCCUCGGUGUACAAAUCGCUCAAGUUUUACCAAUUCUUGAUACUUUGCAUUGGCCUCAUUAAGCUCAGGAGAGCCAUUCGAAGAUCCGACUGGUCAACGUCAACUUAUUUGCUCGAAACCCUUAAACCGACAGCCUCGCCCUCUACCCCAACUCUCGAUCCGGAACUCUCUUUCCUUCAACACGACACGUACAUUGAGUACCUCAUCUCCACAUCGCAGUUUCCUCUAGCCUAUCAAUGCAUUUCAUUACUGGCACAAUCUCUCAAAGAAGACAAUGCAGACAUCCAGCAGCGUGUUUCAGUGCUGCUAAUGCAGGCAGAGUUAUGGAGAAAAGCAGGUAAACCGGAGAGGGGCUUCAGCGUUGCGCUGCGGGCGGCAAGUGUGAGUUUCAGGGCGCGGCUUGCAAGUUCGCUAUGGUCCGCAGUGGGCUGCCUGGGUGCGAUACUGAAUACUCUGGGGGAAUGUCGAGAAGCGAGGAGGUUGGUCGAGACCGUGUUGCCGCAGGCUCUAGAAGGCGCAGAUACCAUGCUUACAGGCACUCUGUACUCGCACCUAGCAGACUCGUAUAUGGGUCUCGCCAAUCCCACCGCCUUGACAGUCUCGACGUCGAACGCUGGUUCCCAUCCCCCCUCAACACCGAGAGCAGGCGAGCUGACAUCAAACCGUUCCCGUGUCGCAAACAUCGCCAAAGCGGAACUCUACGUCGACCGGGCGAGGGAAUGCUUCCAAAAAGCAGCGUAUUUGGAUGGAGAGUGCGAGCAGCUGAUGAAGAAGGCGAUUAUAGCGAAAUUGAGAGGUGAUGAAAAGGUUGCAGAAGAAUGGGCUAUGAGACAUAACAGUGUUUGGGAUGAGGGUUAUGGAUCACAAGAUGUAUAG